AAAAACUACGUGGCGCCUUAAUUGUUUGUGUUAAGAAAAUUCCAGCUGCAUGGCAACAAAGGCUACGUGUGUGGGAGCAUUUCAGUUACUGUGUAGCCUCACACCCGCGCAGCUUAUGGGGAACAAUGCACAAGGCAGCUGAUGUCUCGCAGCAGCAACACCAGCAACAUGUGCAGAAUAACCUGCUGCCGAUAUUGCAUUCAGCCAGUGAGCCGCGUGAGCAAGUCCCUGUGACAACACUGCCUGCAGCUCCAAAAACCCCUGAUCCCAAAGAAGCGCCAAAGCCUGCUGUGACGGUGGAAAAGAAGGAGAAAACCAGAACACCAGUGAUCUGCAGUUACUGCAGCAAGGCAUUCAGAGACAGUUAUCACCUGCGGCGGCAUGAGUCUUGCCACACAGGAAUCAAGUUGGUCUCACGGCCAAGGAAAGUACCAACCAUGGUUUCAUUGAUGUCAUCGACGCCCGGUGUGGUUGGCACGGCGUCACUGGUGUCGACCGUAGCAGGGAUGCUGACCACAACUGCUGCCUCCACAUCCACCGUCACCAGCAGCACCUCGGCAGUCACAGCCAGCAAGAAUGCAAACAGGCGAGUGAAGAAGAAUCACGGCUGUGAACUGUGCGGCAAAGCAUUCCGUGACGUUUACCACCUCAACCGGCACAAACUUUCACACUCAGACGAAAAGCCGUUUGAGUGUCCAAUAUGCCAGCAGCGUUUCAAGAGAAAGGAUCGCAUGAGUUAUCACGUGCGGUCACACGAAGGGGGCAUCAACAAACCUUACAUCUGCAGCCUUUGUGGAAAGGGAUUCUCCAGGCCUGAUCAUCUGAGCUGUCAUGUCAAACAUGUUCAUUCCACAGAGAGACCCUUCAAAUGCCAAACAUGUGAUGCAGCCUUUGCCACCAAAGAUCGCCUGCGUUCACACAUGAUCCGCCACGAAGGGAAGGUGUCCUGUCACAUCUGUGGUAAACUGCUGAGUGCAGCUUACAUCUCUAACCACAUCAAAAUGCAUAAUCACAAUCAAAAUCACAACUGCAAUGUCUGUAACAAAGGUUUCACCACGGCUGCCUACCUUCGGGUCCAUGCUCGAAAUCACCACGGUGUCCAUUACAAGUCUCAAAGAUUUGUGUGCGAGCAGUGUGGCCUGCAGUGUCAGUCCCACAAUCACCUGAUUGGCCACAAGAAAAGUCACAUGGGAGAGACCCCAACUUCCAGUGCCUCCUCUGUGGCAGCAGUGGCUUUAAAAGACACAGCUGAGGUCUGCCAUACUCCAGCUCCAGCUCCCGCUCCAAGCCCUGUGAAUAUAACAGUCAGACCUGUGGAUAGUGUGCCUUUCCUAUCCCAGGUCUUGCCAUCAUCUCCACCUUGGUGAAAAGUUUUGAAAGCAGCUGCCAUGCUAUCAGUGGCUGAAUUAGAACCUUACCGAUCAGCAGGUUCGCUGUUCCCCAAAAUGACUUAAACCCAGGAUCUUCAAUUAAUUCUAUCAAGUAGAAGAAGAAGAAGAAGAAAAAAAUCUUCUGGUUUUUCUCCAAGGAGGAAAAAACAAAGAAUCGGUUUGUGGUUUUACUGACUAUGUAAAAUUGUGGUCUAAUGUCCGGACUCUGGAUUUAAUGACUAGUUACAAGUAGGUUAUACAUCUGUCUGCAUCAUUCCCGUAUCUCCAUCUGGGAAUAGGUUGGUGUUCCAUGUUUCGUCAGGAAUGGACACUAGUGCAAACAUCUGAAAAAUCCACACAGCAGUUAUACUGAUGGACACUGUUCUGUCAGAACAGGAAUGUGAAGCUGAUUGCAAUUAGUGGAAGGCUGAGGAAAUGCAUGUGGAUACGCUUUGCUGUACAUGGUCACCUAUGAUAAAUACUCCAUCUAAUUGUUCAAGUGAAAUUGAUUAUGCUGGGGAACGAUAGACAUCAAGAGGGGGGAAAAAACAGAAAAAUUCCUAGAUGGACAGUCUGGAAUGUGCAGGUGUUUAAAAUGUUAUAUAGUACCUGCACUUAUCUUAGAAUCUGUAUUCUCAUAAAUUGUCAUUUACUAUAUAAGCAAGUGUGGAAGUUGCAACUUUGUUUAAAAGAAUGCUCGGAGUCACAUUGGUGUUACAUUGCACUGGUGUAUGAAUUCCCCUAUAUUAAUGAGGGAUUGAAAAUGGGCAUCAAAUACAAGAUGGUGCUGGUUUCUAUUGUACUGUUUCUUCUGUGGCUCCAGUUUUUGGUUUUGCUGUUUGUUCUUUGUAAAAAAAAACACAACACAACAACACACACACAUCCACCUUGUGCUUUUCAGAAUCACAGGUUGGUUACAGCAUGGAAGGAGGCCCUUGGAGAUCAUAGUUGUGCUACGAAAGAGCAAUCCAACUCGUCCCUCUUCCCACAACUCAGCACAUAUUUUCUUUUCUGAUAUCUUUCCAGUUUUCUCAUGAAUGGAUCAGUUUUCCACUGUCCUUCUCUAGCAGUGCAAUCCAGGUUCUAGACCGUGAUUGUGUUUUUUUAAAAAAGGUUAUCCUAUUUUAUUUUUGGCUCUUUUUCCUGUCAUCUCUAUGUAACAUUCUCCAGUCCUUCACUUUAUUGCCAGUAGGAACAGUUUCUCUACUCUGUCUUGACCCGUCAUCAUUUUAAAUACUUUGCACAACCUUCUCCACCUUUCAACUUCGGCUUCUCCACUACAUCCAGGGAACCAACGUUCCUCAUCUCUGGAAUCAUUCUAAUGAUUCUAUUGUGUUGUCUCUCUAAGACCUUCAUUUCUUUCCCAAAGUGUGAUGCCAAAAAAGUCACAUGGUACUCCAGUUCUAGGCAAAUGUUUUUUUUAAUCACACUUCAUCAUCACUUCUUGCUCUCUAUGCCUUUAUUCAUAAAAGGCAAGAUUUUCUAUGCUACGUAAUUGCUUUCUCAGCCCCGUUACUUUUAACAGUUAAUGCACAUAUGCCCCAAUCUCUGUUGCUAUACCAUUUUAGAUAAUUGUUCCCUCUAGAAUGUGUUAUUCAAAUGUAGAAUUUUAUAUCCAUAAGUACUGGGACUUAGUCAAAUUUGAGGUCUGAGAAGUCCAGCAUUAUGAUAAUUUUCGUUCCAACCAGCAGAUUUUUGAAACAAAUGGUAGUUUAUAAUGCUAUACUGAAUUUGUCUACUGCAUCACUGGCAGUAGUCUUGAGGAAGUAGUUCCUCUGCAUGUCCAGGUCCUAAAUUGAAGUAGCCUUUUUUUCAUGAAGGAAGUGGUUGUCAUUGUCUCUGCUCUAUUUCUCCUGACGUUAUUAAAGAUUUCAGUAGUCUUGGGAUUCUCUGAGAUGGCACAUCGCUCCCUGCAUUUAUUUCUUCAAAACUGACAGAAUCAUGUCUUAUUAUUUAAAAAGACUACUUUUAAUGAGAUUUCUGUGUACAGAAUCUUUCUGAGCAUCACAUGCUUUUCUUUCUGUUGGAUUGCUGUUUUGUUCGUGGUGGCAUUUGCAGCACCUGUGAAUGGGUAAAAAUAGAACAUAUAUUUAAAAUGUUUUGGGAUCUAAUGGAUAACUGUCCUGAGUCAUGCAAAGAAUGAAAGCUCAUUUUUGGAGAAGUGGUGAAUUGGGUAGAAAUCCCUCUCCUGAUCUGAUUGCUGCCUAGCUGUUUCUGCAUGUGGAUUAGGAUUGAUAAAACAGCCCAUGUGUUAGAAUGUCCAGCUGAUGCUCGUUGUCACAGGUCAUGCAUGACAAAUAGAUGGUGUGAGGCAUUAAAUGGAUGUGGUUGCCUGCAAAGGCAGGGCAGUAGGUGUCUUAAGGAGUAGGAAGAAAUAUAGGAGAAAAACUACUAAUUGAAUUGUGCACUUUAAUUUUUGAGUUGCUCAAUUUAUUUUCCAUGAUUGAUUGAAAUGUUGAUUGACCAUCAUCAUUCUUCCAUUUGUAUGGCAUGCCAAGCAGAUCAAGAAAAAGACCCACUUUUGCUUUUCUCAUGGAAGUUUAACUACGAACCUGUGGUGUCCAAGACCAGAUGUAAUUUUGUUCUCUUAAAUGUGCAGCAUUUUGGAAAUUAUUUCCUAACAUGAAAUUUCUCACAGUUGAUCACACUUUUAAUUACGUUUUACAGUUCAGUCUUCUGUGUUUUAACUGUCCUGUAUUUUUAAUGAGCUACAGUACUUAAUAGGCUGUGGUUUAAUUUUAUGCCACUUCAUAUGGUGAUAGUCCUAUAACACAUUUUAAGAUCCAAAAUAUCCCAUGUCCAUAGGUCAUUAGAGUACUGUAGCUUAUAGUUUCUUAGAGGAUUAGUCUGCCUCAUUUUUAUGGUUGGUGAUUGCACUCAUAGUAUGAUCCAUAAUUAAAAAUUCUCAUAAGCACAUCAGGGUUUUAAUAUUUUUAUUGCUUUACUCAAAAUGUAAUUUUACAUACAUGAAAACAUCAAUUUCUUUACUAUCUGAGUAUCAAAGUUUGUGUCUUUGAUGUAGUACAUUGUAUCUGAAUUAAGGAUAAGUUCUUCCUCCAAAUUUGGGCCCUUUUCCAAUUUUCCAUGCAGGAUUAAGUGGAUUAUUGGGGAAGUACUCUUUGAAAGGACAAAGCAAUAUUUUUAAAAGAUGUUGUUCUUCAUGAGAGUGUCCUAAUGAAAAAUAGAUUGGAAUUCAACCAACUGGUGUGAAGAUUAUAGAAAUGUCCUGGGUUCAAAUAAAAGGUUUUAUUUUAAACUAAAAUACCAUUUGAGGGAACGAACAACAAAAAAGGAAAAUGUCAAAGGCUGGAAACGUACAGCCAUUCCUUCAUUUUGGAGCACAAGGAAACGGAAGUUAAUGUUUAGCUGUAAUAUUUAUUUAUAACUGAAAACUAUUUUUUGCCACGUCACCAUGUGUUUGAAAUUAAUAAUUGUAAAAUAGAGAAAAUGGCCAAUUUUCCUUAUCAUUGCUUUUCAUGUGCAUAUGUUGAAAUACUGUUUACAACUGUGCUCUGUACAGUAACGCUGCUCACUACCUCAGCAACCUUUUUUUUCACUUUCCUCCUUGGGAAAUAACACAGUGUGACUCAUUAUACAUGUUUAAAAGUUGUUGAAGAAUUAUGCACCCUGUUGUAAAUUUAAUUUUUGCAGACCUAUUUUGUUACAAUUAUGCAUUCUGUAUGUAUGUAAUGCAUUGCUGCAGUAUUUUAUUUUACUUAAUCUGCUUUAUGACUUAAUUAUGGUUGAACAAUAACUAUUUUGCUGCCCAAGAUACUUACUGCCUUAUUUCCCUAAUUGAUGACAUAAACUCUGGGUGAUCUGUUUUGGGGGAAAAAAGAGAUUAUCAGCUUUUAUAAGGAAAUUAAACUGUUCUGUCACCUAUAUAUAAAAAAAAUAUAAUUUAAGACAGUUAAAUAAUUGGCCAUUCCUCUCUUUAGGUGUGCUGUUGCUAUGUUUGCAUGUCGUUCACUAUGCAUUUAAUGGCAAAACCUCCACAGACCAUGAAUUAUAAUGCAUCUUCAUUUGCCAAAUAGUGGUUUGACUAGGAAUAAAUUGAUCAUGUGGUGCCCUACACUUUGAGUGCUCAGCAGUUGACAACUGGUAACAGUUCAAAGGAUUUCUUUAGUUUGACUUCUGAAUCUGCAGCAGUUUACGGCUGAUACAAGAAAGCCUGAAAUUUAAUGUAAAUAGUUCUGGUUCGCAAGUUCAAAUGUUAUUGAUGAAUAGGAAAAUGAAUACAUUGAAACAGAUGUGAUGAUUGUAGCUUUGCACAAAAUAAAAUUGCAUAACCAAUUGGAUUAAUGGGGGAAAACUCAAAUGUUUUCAGGUGAGGAAUACACCAUUCAUACCUGCUCUGAUCUUUACUUCUAGAACAAUGCUAAUCUGUUGAUUCUACACUCAGUGGCCACUUAAUUGAGUACACCUUGAAACCCAGUGUGGACUUCAGUUGUUUUAGCCCAUCCACUCCAGGAUUUGACAUAUUGUGUGUUAAUAGAUGCUCUUCUGCACCACUGUUGUAAGGCAUGGUUAUUUGAGUUACUGUCGCCUUCCUGUCAGCUUGAACCAGUCUGGCCAUUCUCCUCUGACCUCUCAUUUACAAGGCAUUUUCACCCAUAGAGCUGCCACACACUGGAUUUUUUUUUUUGUUCCUGUUUUUUUAUCUAAACUGUAGAGACUGUUCAUGAAGAUCCCAGGAGGUCAGCAGUUUCUGAGAUACUCAAGCCACCUCAUCUGGCACCAACAAUCAUUCCCUGGACAAAAUCACUUAGAUCCCAUUUCUUCCCCAUUCUGAUGUUUAGUCUAAACAACAACUGAACCUCCUGACUGUGCUUGCAUGCUUUUCUUGUUGCUAUUGCAUGAUUGGCUGAUUAAAUAUUUACAUUAAUGUGCAGGUGUACCUAUAAAGUGGCCACAUAUACUUUUGGGCAACUAAGGAUAGUUUCUUAAUGGCAACUUUACUUACAAUGUACAUACACCAACAAUAGGACACAAACCUGUUUGAAAGAAGUGACAUGGAUUUUGUUUUUCAUUUAUUCAAAUCAACUUGAAGUAGUAUCACAUUUUGACGUUUUCCUGCUGCUAAAAGUGCUUCUCAGUGCUCUGAGUUAAGGAGAAAUGUUUUGAUUUUGACAAUAAUAUGCAUGAGCAUUGUGGAUUCCCCAUAGUUACAGAAAUUGAAAUUUGCAUGUAACUGGUGAAUACUUAGGCCUAACUUUGUUGGCAGCAUUACAUUUCCCUGAUUAUACUGUUCCUGCAAAGUCGGUGAAGUGCUACAUUGAAAGUCUUAUUGAAUGUAGAGCUUUCAUAAGAUAAUUAAAUUAGAAUUGAGAAACACUCUUACUAACAGUAUGGUAGAAGUUUGGAAUCACCUCCCCUCUUGAUCUUGAGCCUUCAAGAUAAAGUAUUUGGAACAUUUUUAACAAGAAUGACAAUAACAUACGAAUAAGCCGAGAUCAAAUUAGUAGGUAGAGCAGAUGCAAGUGAAUAAAUGGCACUUUUUUUUUUGCUGUAGGUCUCUGAACAUUAUUUCAGGCAGCAGUGUCCUAUCAAAAGUUAGGAAGGAAUGUUUUAACAUCUCCAUUGAUGAGUCUCUACUGGAGUGAGCUUUAUACUAUUUGAGUUCAGACCUAUGUACAAAAACAUUGCAAUAACCUUUCCAAGUCAUUAGUUUAAAAAAAAAUGAAAUGGAAUUUUAAAAUAAAACAUCUCUUUGGACUGACUGUUAGAAAUGGCAUACUUUACUGAUGGAGUUCCUAUAUUUUAAUUUUACUGUCGCUAAUGCUUGUUGUUUUAAGGUUUCUUCCAUGAAUUAAAAAUGUAAGAUGAAACUAAAUUACUUGUUUGAAACAGUAAAGCUUUUGCUGGCAGGUUUUAAAUUAACCCAGUAUAGUUCACAAUCUGUACUUUUAUUUUGUCUGUUUAUGGGGGCAAUACUGCUUAAAGUGGUAACUACCAUCAUGUUUGAAUAUGUGUCCCGUUAAGACCACCUCAAAAAAGAUGUACAGCUGGCUCUUAACAUGGCGUGGAGUUUUUAUUUUGCUAAUGACGCUUCUCAGAUGGUGCUGCAAAGAGCUAGAUUUCCUGCGGCAUUAUUUGUAUACUUUUGAUUUGAAUGGGCCUGAAAAUAUUCCCUUAAGGGAAAAGUGCCCAGCUUUUUUCUCCAUGAACCUGGAAUGUUGUAACUUGUGGAGGGGGAGGUGCAUUUAUGUUGCAAGGAAUAUUAUCACAAAAGGGUGCAAAUCUGGUUUUGAUUCAUUUUUCAAAAAAAGAUUUUUGAUUGCUUUAUAUUAGUCCCCAGUGUCAAGCAUAUGAUGUUGUAAACUCUUCAGUUUUUGAUCUUUAGUACAAAUUAGUUUAUUUGUUAAUUUCUCCCAGGGUAGCUUGUGUGUUUGCCUUUGUAUGCCAAAUUUUGGCAUGCUGAUACAGAGUGGAUCACCUAAAUCAAUUCUUUUUUUCCUAUUAGUUGACCUUUAGCUAGCUUCAUGAGCAAUGCAAAACCUAAUUGAACCAGAAAUCAUACCAAAAGAAUAAGCUUCCACCGUUAUAUAUAAUAUCACAUGUUGAAAACCUCACUUUAAGCGUGCUGAAAUCUUUUCGUAAAAGUACAGCAACUAUUAUAGGAAACUGGAUUUUAGUACUUUUUAAAAUUUGUAGUGAAUUUUGCUAACUAUGCUUACCAUUCCUGAGGUAUAUUAGUUAUAGGAGCAUAAGACCCAGAAGCAGAAUUGAGUCAUUUGGCCCUCUUCGUCUGCUCUGCCGUUCCACCAUGGCUGAUUUAUUAUCCCUCUCAACCCCAUUUUCCUGUCUUUUCCCAUAACCUUUGACGCCUUACUAAUUAAGAGCCUAUCAGCCUCUGCUUUAAUUAUACCCAGUGACUUGGCCUGCAAAGCCGCCUGUGGCAAUGAAUUCCACCCUCUGGCUAAAGAAAUUGCUCCUCAUCUCUUUUCUAAAGGGAUGAUCUUCUGUUUUGAGGCUUUGCCCUCUGGUCCCAGACUUCCCCCAAUAUUACAUUAUAUUACACCUGCUGAAGAGUCUCGGCCUGAAAAGUCGACUGUUCUUUUCUCCACCUGCCUGGCCUGCUGAGUUCCUCCAGCAUCUUGUGUGUGUUGUUUGGAUUUCCAGCAUCUGCAGAUUUUCUUUUGUGUUUGUGAUUAUAGUACACCUGCAUAUUUCAUACAUAACAUCAGCAAACUAUUCCCUUCCCACAAUAACUUAAUUGAAAGACUCCACUCUUCACUGCAUGAAGUUUACCACUGAUAAGCACAGGUACUCUUGUAAUUAAUGUUAUGAAGGUGGCCUGCAAUUCUAACUAAUAUUUACAAAUGAAUUUAUGGGGGCAGCUUAAUACUUGCACUGUAUAUAUAAAUUUCUGUCUGCUGUUCCUGCAGUGAUGUCCACAAAGGGAUAUGAACAUCACAGCACAGACCUUGAAGCUUUCCUAGAAACUAAAAUAGUUCCUAACCCUUUAAAACUGCAGUCUGCAAGCAAAAUAACAAAAGUAGUGAAUGUCUGUAUGUGAUUUCAUUUUGGGAUUCAUUUUUACAGUCGCUAAUCCUCCCUAUUCAGAAUUAUAGUCAUCUGUGAAUUGCUUCCAACUACGAGUUCUCUUGCUAAGUCUGUUGGAGUAUGGUUUCGUGAGUUAGAUCCCUUCCAAGAGAACAUCUGGAGUGAUCAGUACUGCACUGUUGGCCAUGCAUACCCAUGAGGUGUCAGCGCUUGCAGUCAGUGCUUUCUCCAUCAUUGCCUAUGUUUUUUUUAGAUGUAUUUUAAUUAGUUAUGUUUUUGAACACAAUAGAUGUACUGUGUUUUGCUAUCAAGCCACAUCAUCUGCAGCGAAGACACCUGCUGCCAUACUCUGCUUGUAUUAAAUUCUUAAAACUACCUUUUAUGUCUACUGCUCUGCCUAGUAUUUGCAUAUAGUACAAAACUGUGUCAUGAUAAAAAAAUUAUUUCUGUUAAAUUCUUGUGUUAUAAUUUUUUUUUGCUUUUAUAUCUUGUGCUGUAUAUUCAGUGUAACUUUUAGCAGGAAGAAAAUGUUACCUGACCAUAGAUUUGUAGAU